UGUCAAGACAUCAAUAAAAAUAAAUUAAUUUUCAAUCAAUUCCUGGAAGAGAAAAAAAAAUAAUUUUUUAAAUAAUUUUUUUUUUUGUAAGUGAAAAAAUUCAAACUGGAUUGGGAGGACUUUAUCAUCGUAACAGUUUUGACCAUUUUGUGGAUUAGCAUUUUCCUGUACAUUAUUCACUGGAUUUUGGAAAUAGAACGUGGAGAAGUGUAUGAGUGAAAAAAAAAUUAAACAAAAAAAAUAAAUGUGUGAAAAUUAAAAAAAAAAUUCUCAGAAGGUACUGAACAAUUACAAAAAAAAAAAAAAAAAUAAAGGAUAAUAAUAAAAAAAUAAAAUUACAAACAAAAAUAAAAAUAAUAAAAAAAAUAAAAUGGAUCUUAAAUGCUUGGAAGUUGUGUGUGAAAUUGCCGAUAACAAUGUUGCGGAAAAAGAUAAGGCAAUCAGCCACGAUCCCCGAGUAAUUCGGAAUUUAUUGGCGUUGGAACGUGCUACAAUUCCCCAUUUGGAUUAUUUUCGUCUCGUUCAGGCGGAUCUUAAGCCAUUUAUGCGAAAAAUUGUCACAACGUGGAUGUUAGAGGUUUGCGAUGAACAACACUGCGAAGAACAAGUUUUCCCCUUGGCUGUCAACUACAUGGAUCGCUUCCUCUGCCUCUGCCCAAUUUCGCGACAAACCUUACAACUGCUCGGAACUUGCUGCCUCCUGUUAGCUUCGAAAAUUCGUCAAUGUCAUGCCCUCACAGUUGACCUGCUUUGCGCCUACACCGACCACAGUGUGACUCCCGAGCAAAUUAGGAGCUGGGAACUUUUGGUUGUCUCAACAUUACAAUGGAACUUGAGCGCCGUCACAGGCUUCGACUACAUCGAUCACAUUCUCGAACGAGUGCCAUGGGGAGCAGAAAACGCGCACAUUAGACAACACGCCCUUACGCUCGUUUCCGUAUGCUAUACAGAAACAACUUUUAUCCAAAUCACGCCGUCAUUGCUUGCAUCUGCCUGCAUUUGUGCCGCUACCCGUGGAAUCAACUCGCCAUCCGCACCAUUCGCGUUCGGCGAUAUCUGUCGUCUGAUACAAAUCGAUCCCUUUGACGUCGAGUUCACGGUGCGUCACAUCGAACAAGUCGUUGCCAAAGAAACUGCCGCAUUGCAAAAACAAGUCUACAAAGCGCAUCCAUAUGCGAGCCAGAGUACCGGAAAAAUUCCCUCGAGUUGUGCUGCCGACAUUGGACAACCGGAGACGCCGACAGACAUUCAGGAUGUGUAUUUUUAGAGUUUAAGAAAGCUUGGUUAGGAUUAGUUGGAAUUUAGAUUAAUAUGGAGUUUUUUUUUAUUUAGCCUAUGAGACCAUCUGUAAAUUUGAAAUUUAUAUAUUAAUAAUUAAAAAAUUAAGUUACUUACUUUUUAAAAGUUGUACAGGAGAUAUUUGAAAUAUUUUACAACUUCUACCAAAAAAUUAAAAAAAACAGCAACCAAGAUUAAAACUCAUAUCGUGUUAAUCGUUAAGUUUAUCAAUUCA